AGCGUCUGGUGUGACUUGUCGUCAAAUGCGAGCUAUCUGGUAAUGCCCUAUGAUACUUGGCUAUACCCUGCAUCUACCGUCUCGUUUCUCUCCUGUACGGGCAAAGCAGCUGUGUGAUGAUAGCGGGGUGAUGUUGGUGGGCAACGCUGCAUGCCGCAGCGACGAAGGGACCCUGACGAAGUCUGUCAAACGUGCUCACGACAGACUCGGACCAGACGAUGACGGCUACAGGGAUGCACUCGUCCUGGACAGACAACUUGAGUAUGAUAGCCUGAGUGCAUCGUCCAGCACAUCGUCCAGCAACUCCAAGCGUCGGCGCAUCUCACUUCUUCCAGACGACAAAUAUGCUUAUACCAUUAGCUGGAACAAACUGUCCUUCAGCAGCGAUGAACCUAAUACAAUCGAAGCUCAUAACCCGAAAUUCAGAGGUGGCGUAGCACACGCCAUAGAACAAUGCGCUUAUGAUUGGGAGGGAUUGAAAGAAUUAUCUGCAGAGGCUACAGAGAAAUACGAUAGUUAUCUCGUAGCCGGUGACAGUGCUGGAGCUCUCUGCAAACUGCAAGACGUUGUCCGAGGAUGCAAUCAGUUUCUGUCCUGCCAUCGCGAUCUCCCGCUGGCACGCCUUUAUGACAUCCCCGCGGCUACUCCUGCUUCUACCCAGAAUUCAACCUCUCCAGCUACUUCACCCGAUAACCUUGAAAGUUCUGAUUGGGAACGAGAAGAGCAAAAGCCGCCAGAUCAAGACUGGAUAAGAUAUAGGGAACACCCCAGUGCCGUCCACGCCAUCCUCGGAACAGCGUUAUUUCUUUUGGGCAAAUUGAUAGCACAGGAUCCCUCUUUGGCGCGCACCGGAGAACCAACAAACCCAUCUCCUUACUGGCUCAUCGCUUUAGAUGUAUUUGAAGCAGGCGAUAAUCUUCCUAGUCCCGCUUGGGGGCAACGCUAUGUCAAUAUUGUUGACGAUAACUGGCAGAUGUAUGUCGUUUGGGGGCGAGUGCUAGUCGCACUCGCGGAUCUGGCAACGAAGAAGGCCAGCGAGGAUGCAACAAAUGGUUCCUCGUCGCAGGCUUCUAUGUAUAGGUAUAGAAAAGAAUGGCCUACGAGCUCGCCAUUCGCUGCGAUUAUAGCCCAUUGCUCUCCGCUGGCAAAUACGAUGUCACUUUCAGACCCUUCAGCUCACGAAUUUUUGAUGUUAGCCAUGGAUCAAUUCUCGCGGGGAAUUUUUCAUAUGCCUCGUCCACCCCUUCCUUCUGACGAUUCACUUUGCGAAUACAAUGCUUUCCUACCAACCAAAUUUUGUCAUGAAAAAGAGCUUUUCACCAUAGCCUCCGAUGUACUGGAUGUAGCUGAACAUCUGGAGGUACCUUCAGAACGGCGUUAUUGGGCGUCGUGGGUAGACUCUGUAUUCAAACAGAUCGAAGUAGGGAGUGCUGGCAUAUACAACGACCAGGCUAUACACUCGA